AUGGCCAAGCUCCCCACACCCACAAGCUGCCGCCGCGGCCUCCGCCGUCUGUGCCUCCGCUUCUGCGACGCCCUGGACAACACCAGCCUCCUCGGGCAGGUCUUGGAGCAUCGCCGGGAACCGUUUCCCCCUCUCGGCGUACCGUGCUCGGAGGACGGGCCGGCUUGGAGCGAGUACCUCGACCGCAAGACGCCCGCGCAGAAGAAGAAGGAGGAGAAGGAGAAGGAGAAGGAGAAGGAGGAGACAACGAACCCAAGCCCGGACUCGGAGCAGAACCAUCCUUCCGAAGACUCAACCUUCGGCGUGGUCUACGGCCACUUUGAGUUCUCCGUGGCUGCCGCGACUCGCCUUCUCGACUUUCAUAGAGGCCGGCUGAUUGUCCGCAAUCCUGACCUCAUGUCUCUGCUCCACGACGGCCCAGAGAGCUCCGUUGCCUCUGGUGAUGAUGGCGCGCAGGACCUCCUGGUUAUGUGCGGCCCGGACCUAGAUGAGUCCCUCUCGGAAGAGCAGUUGGAUACCUCUGAUGCCCCCAUUCCCUCGCGAGAACCUGGCUCGCCCGCCUCAUCUCUUUAUCAACCCCUUGACCUUGGAGAGGACCGUGGCUAUGCACCUCCUUGUGACUCUUGUGACGUUCAACCCGAUGGAGACAUCUUGUUCUGGCCGCCCGAGACUGCUCAGGUCGCUAUUCUGAUUCCCCGUGUCAAGCCUAGACUAGUUUCUGUUCCACCGCCAUCACCGCCGCUGCCGCCGUCGCCAUCAUCACCCGCCCCCCUCUAUAGAACCUCGCUCAGCCAGAACCCACGUAGACGGGGCGUAAUCUUCCCCUUCAUUUGA